AUGGACCCUGCAAGACAAGCCCGUGGAGGUCUGCAGUGGUUUGAAUUGACUGACUGGCUCCAGAUUCAAGGAGUCGGGCCGAAUGAUGCAGGUGUGUACACAUGCACCGCCAGGGAUGCCUUCGGAGAGGGGUCUGCCUCUGCCAGAUUACAGGUUACAUAUGGAGGUUCUCAGCUGAGCAAAGAUUUCCAGCAAAAAGAAAAUGGAGCUUACAGAAUAUCAGACGAAGAAGGGGACGUCGAUGAUGAAGAUUACGAAGGCCAGCCAAGUGGAUACAUGAAUUUGUAACACACAGAAAUGUUAAAAUCAUAGCAUUUACACACAGAUAAUUGUAUUAUUAUUAUUAUUAUUAUGUUUGAAUUGUAAGCUCAGCAUAAAAUGUGUACUCUUGGAAAAAAAUGUUUUGCCCUUUUUAAGGGUUUAUGUUUAUGUGUGAGCAUUGUAUAUAAAUCCAGAUCAUUUCUAUCCACUCUUGAGAAUUGUACUUUAACAUAGAACUUAAUUAAAUAGUUGAUUUAUGCAUUUAUUGUGCAUGAUCCAAGCGGGAAAAUCUCAAAUAUUUGCUAAGAGUCCAUUUAGCGUUAAUCGUUAUUUCCAAAAGUUGUUAUGCAAAAGUGCACAUGCCAGACUUUUCUAAAAGCCCAUAAAAAAAGGAGAAAUUAAAAUAAAAAAGCCAUUGAUGCUGCUGUGGCAAGCAUUUACCUUAAACCCACUCCCUGCUGUUGAAUAAAACAUCAGCAGUGUCUCUCCUCACUUCUGCCUUCUCAAAGACGCUCAGCAGAAA